UCAUGCGGUCAAGCACGUGAGAAAAAUGUCAAAAAUGUGAAAACAAUAUCAACGACUGUUAAUUGAUCACACCAUCGAUCAUUUAGUCAUUUCUAGAAUAUAAACAAAUAAUGGAUUCGUGCGUGGUUUGUGGGGGUGUUGAAUUUUACACAGAAUCGGGGUUCUACUUCUGUCAACAAUGUGAAACCCAGCAGGAGGGACGACGAGAGGAGGUCGUUGAAUAUGCAGCUGAUGCGUCGACAUAUGUGACGAAGAAGAAAAUUGAUCGACGAAGUAAACUUGCUGAUACAAAAGAGACAGCCCUGGGCUGGACAUCUUGGGAAACCUUCAACUUCAUCCUGAACGGUUGGACGAAUGAGUUAAUUCUUCUGGGGGCAACUCCAGAAUUCAAAAUAACAGUUCUCCAGUUAUGGGCCACGUACUUGGGAAAGCUGCAAGUGGCCUUCAGGUCCUUCAGUGACAAAAGUCUCCCCCGAUUGCCCCUCUUCUACCGCAAGAAAGACAGUGAAAUUGUCUUCGGGGCUGUCUCGUCAAGAGUCAGGAAGAGGAAGAGGGCGCCGUCCAGUGGCACCUCCGAGGGGGGCUCCACCCACGCCAGUGAUCUGAGCUUCGGACGCCUGUUGUCCCAGCGAAGGAGGAAAUUGGUCGACCUGGAGUACCAGAAGUACUUGGACACCAGCGAAUCGGAGACUGAUGGCGCCAGUUCAGCUAAUCAGAGUCUUCACAGCAUGAAAUCCGAUGCUCUGCAGCCAAAGAAACGAAAGGUCCCUGUUUACCUCAACGCCUUUGCCAUUGCGAAUAAGAGGAAAGCGAUGGGGAACUCCAAGAAGUGUUUGAGGAUGAAACGAGGAGAUCCCAGGGUUGGUAGGCUUCAUGCACACAGAGGAACUGUGGAACAUCUCACUAUGCAAGAUGUACUGGCAGUCGUCAACCUUGCGUUGAGAAUCAAUAAUGAAAAGAUUCACCUUAGUGAUGUAUUGAGAUUUCAGGUGGAGGGACACAUGUCCAGCAAAAAAUUGGACCACUUCUUUCCGGAUGAGGAUCCUCUCCCCAACGAUUUAAAGCGAACCGUAUAUACUCUGAACAAAUAUGAAGGCAUACGCGACGCAACUGGCGACUUGGCUCAUCUACUGGGAGUUUCACAGAUCCCUGAGCCGAAUAUCGUUGAGUUGAUUCAACGCUACUGCACAGAUCUGCAAUUACCAAAGGGAAUAGCUCUGUAUGCGGAGAGGAUGAUUGCGAUGUCACCACCGAAGCUCACAUUUGAAAAAUGGAAUUAUUCAUUACCGCGUUACGAGGCCAAAGCCAUGUCAGCUAUUAUAAUCGUCAUGAAAAUUUUAUUUGGAUUGGAUGGAGUUACAGAGUAUGAAAUAUCGCGAGUGGUGGACAGAAUUAAUUCAAUUGCAGAGGAAAAAGAUGCACUGGACUCUAAGCUAUUCAGCUUCAUCGAAUGGCAGAGGUACAUUGAGUGUCGUCGCAGUGUGAUAAUGAGCCAUCAUUCCGCCACGAGGUACAGAUUAGAUCCAGAAGCACCAUCUCAGAAUGUCAACGAAUAUCUGAAUUACCUGAGCAAAUUCGUGACUCCUGCGGAGCCUGGGGUGCUGCUGAAGCAAGUGACAGAGAAUAUUAAUAAGAACAUGGAGAAUUUGGCGGAGAAUCUCCCGGAAGUCGAGCCGGUGAGGAGCUUCCAGCCCUCGUUGACACCGAUGCACUCGUACCUCCAGGAGCUGUUGAUGGAUGACGAUGUGGACCUGCCGAGCAUUCUCAGACAGGACUUCACUUCUGCGAAGGUCGGGUACAUGACCAACACUGAGACCUUCAAAGACCUCUCAAAAGAAUGCGGAAUCGACCUCGAAAUCAUCGACUCCUCCGCCAGCUUCGUCGAGCGGAUCGUCCCGAUCUUCGACCCGGAGAUCUACUACCCGAAAACCGAAGACCUCUCCAAGCCCACCCCAGUGGUCAUCCACACGAGAGGAAUCGCGCGUCGUGACGAUCCCUUGGAGUACCUUCACCUAAAAACCCCUGGUAAAAUUACCAUAGACGAGACUAAGCGAUCUCUCUACUCCAAAAACCUCAGGCACUCCCAGCGAGCGAAAAGACGAAGUGCACAAGACUUCGACGAUUUCGCCUUCGACGAGGUGCGCAGCAAUGGAAAACUGGACAUCGCAGAGUUCGACGACAGCGAUUCAGAGGAAGAGGAUCCCCAGUCCUCAGUACUCAGCGACGAGAGCCUCUUGCUGUCGAAUUACGAGAGACUGAGUCUGAAGGGUGGGGCCAGGAGUCAUUGGCACAGAGUGAAGAUCACUAAACUUCAGCAAUCAGAGGAGAAACGGUUUUCAGGUGCCAGGAAACAGGCGGAAGCCACCGAGAGCUGCGACUGCGUCAUGUGUGAGAAUGAGAGCGAAAAUGAAGGGGAGGAUGAGGACGAUGACUUGUCGAUCAUCAAGGAGGUGUCCAGGUCUGGCUCGAACGAUGAAAAAGACGAAAUUUCGAUUCUGAGUGAGAGGAGGAGUGAAUCGGGAGCAGAAAAGGCGACGGCAUUUCGUCCGUACAGGGAUUAUUGGCUCUACAGGAGAGAGGCCACGUCCAACAAGGGGUCACAUGUCGAGUGGCAUCGCCUGGAGAGAGACCUGCCGGUGAAUUUUCGGUGGCUCCUCAACGAGUGCGCGGGGAUGAUCCAGAUUGAGGGCGGGCUGUUGUAUCAGGAGCUUGCGGUCGUGGAGGCGUACUACGCGGACUGCGUGGUUCAGGAUUAUGAUCUGGAGAGGGCGAAGAAGUUUUACGGUGUGACGAAGCAUCGGUAUAAGGCGAUGGUUACCACGAUGAGGAAGAAGUGGAAUAAUGUGGAUAGGAGAGUUAAGAGAUCGUGAUUUUUUACGGCUGGAUGGGACAUUGAGUAGAACGUUUUAAGUAGAUAAUUAAAAAUUACGGGUUUUCAAUUGGAUGAACUAUAGUUUGUUGUUGGGGAUUGAAGAAAAGGAAGAUUUCUGCCUUUUGUUUAUUGAAGAGAGGCAUGGAGCAAUGCAGUUUAGUUUGAGCGAAAUUUCAAAAGAUUAAUUCUAAUAAGUUUUUUUUACAUUUUUUGUUAGAAUCCCUCGUUAAGAGUGUAAUUUAAUGUAGAACUGAGUGUAGAAAAUUUUAUUAUGUGAAGAUCUGACGAAUGAGAUGAUCUGAAAAAGCAAUCAGCUGAUAGUUAUGGUAAUUCAUAUUUUGAGAAAUAUAUUUCGGUAUAAAACACUCGACAAGUGUAAUUUUCAAUAUUUAGUUAAUUAAACAUUUAAUCAUAUUUAA